AAGAUGAUUUUACAUGAUACAUAGAUGGCGUUUUUAAUGGCUUUAUAUGCACAUAGUUUUAUUUUGUAAAAAUGAACCUAGUACUUAAAACCUGUAAUUAUGCACAUAAUACCGUGUUGGAUAAGGCAGAAGUAAAUAGCCUUUUUCCAUAGGAGUUAACUUCAAGAAAAAUGUUAAUGAUAACAGUGGUAAACAGAAUUGUGCAUCGAGACUGAAGUUUGGGUUAACAGAAACAGACCUGCUAUGGCUGCAGCGGGAUGGAGAGGGGAAGCAGGCACUCCCUGAUUAGUCUGAAAACUGCUAAUGAAUGCAACCCUGGCAAGUUAUUACGAUACUUGGAGCACAACAGAGAGCCGGGCUUCCCUGGUGGCUCAGUGGUAAAGAAAUCUGCCUGCCAAUGAAGGAGAUGUAGGUUCGAUGCCUGCCUGGGUCAGGAAGGUUCCCUGGAGAAGGAAAUAGCAACCCACUCCAGUCUUCAUGCCUACUUCUUCGAGCAGCCUGGCGGCCUACAAUCCAUGGGGUAGCCAAAGAGUCAAACAAGGCUUAGCGACUGGAGAACAACAGACCCAGGCCUAGAGAAAAGAGGCUGAUGUAGGUUAGAAUCUGGAAACCUGUCUCUCCUCCACAUGCCCCCUUCUCCAAGCAUGCCCUGCAGCCUUCCAUCGCCGGGAAGCACGAGGGUCCCAAAAGCCUGCUUUUGCCUAUCAGGUAGUAAGCACUCAAGGUUGGAAAAACGAGGUCUGGUUCUCGCUCUCCACAGAAACUAUGCCCCACUUCCAACUCUUGCUAUCUCUGGCCUCAUUUUCUCCUUCCAAAUUAGUGAGCCGUCGAGGUCGAGAGCUCCUCUCAACCCGGCGCUCCGAAACCCCAGAAAUUGAGGUGGGGGGUGGGUUGUGGACAGACAGCGGGAAUCGUGAAGGCCUCAAUCAACCUCUCAGGCGGCGGAAGUGCGUCGGUUUGUCGGCCCCGCGGAGCAUUUCGGGGAUUGUAGUGAAGUUCGGCGGGGUGCGCAGAAACUGACAGUGUAACCCUUUGGAGACCAGAGCGCGCCGGCUGAACUGGAACAGUUAGGGGCAUUCGACCACUCCCUUUGGCAGAUAAAGCAACUGACGCGGAGACCUUGAGGCUUCUCCUCUCUCCGGUUUUCGCUUGCCCCAGUCAAGAGUCUGAUACCCAAGAUUCUAGGCAAGACGAAGUGCCAAGUGGACAGCCCUACCCAACGCUUGAGUCGCCAGCUUCCUGUCCGCCCCCCUACCCUGAAACCUUCCAGUUAAGGCCCCUCCGCCCCCGUCCCACGAACUGCUGCCUUCGGUAACCGGUAGCCGGCCCACCUUUUGAAGGGCGGGGAACAAUCUCAGAGAAGGCAAGACUUGCCUAAAGUUGCACAGCAAGUCGGAGUAGAAACCGGAUGCCUGUCCACCUCCCGCAAUUUCUGAAUCCUCGGUGGCUCUCACCAUCCGUAUCACAUCCUCGCCCCCAACCUUGGUCUCCAGCUGCUUGGAGCGACCAAACUCCCUCCCCCGCGGCGAGGAGUAAUCACGGUUGCGCAGCGGCGAGGCAGCGAGCCCCAACCCUCCUGCAGCCUGCGGUCCCCUUUAAGAACAGGCCCCUGCGGGACUACGUUUCCCAGAAGGCUUUGCCUGUGCGUUAUGUAACUUUCCCUGCGAAGCGGCCUCUGGGGCAGAAAGAGGCGGCGGCGGCUGCGGCGGCGGGAGAGGCGGGAGCCCGAGGCGGCGGCGCCCGCGGCCCAUCGCGGGGCCCGAGCUGUGCGCCGCGGCCCGGAUCCUGGACCCGGCGGGGGCGCCGACGUGCCUCUGCCAGUCUUUUCGAGGAGGCGGGAGUGAGGAAAAAGGCUUAGGGCCCAGGGGGCGGGGAAGGGGGGCCGGGCCUGGAUCCACUGGGAGGCCGAGCGAAAGGCCUGGCCGUGGCUCGCGCGGUCCCGGGGACGCGAAUCAAACGGCGGCGGCGCGGAUUGAACGGCGGCGGCGGCGGGUGGAAGGCGAGAGCCCGAACGGGCGCGUGCGGGGGCUAUGGCGUCCGUGCAGGCGUCCCGCCGCCAGUGGUGCUACCUGUGCGACCUGCCCAAGAUGCCGUGGGCCAUGGUGUGGGACUUCAGUGAAGCCGUGUGCCGCGGAUGCGUGAACUUCGAGGGCGCGGAUCGCAUCGAGCUGCUCAUUGAUGCCGCCCGCCAGCUCAAGCGCAGCCACGUGCUCCCCGAGGGCCGUUCUCCGGGGCCCCCAGCCCUCAAACACCCGGCCACUAAGGACCUGGCUGCCGCCGCCGCACAGGGCCCUCAGUUGCCGCCUCCACAGGCCCAGCCCCAGCCGUCGGGGACAGGCGGCGCUGUCUCGGGCCAGGACCGCUAUGACAGGGCCACAUCGUCGGGCCGCCUCCCCCUGCCCUCGCCCGCCCUGGAGUACACCCUGGGGUCCCGCCUGGCCAAUGGACUGGGCCGUGAAGAGGCUGUGGCGGAGGGGGCGCGAAGGGCCCUGCUUGGCUCCAUGCCCGGCUUGGUGCCCCCCGGGCUGCUAGCAGCUGCGGUGUCUGGCCUGGGAAGCAGAGGGCUGACGCUGGCACCCGGCUUGAGUCCUGCCCGUCCAGCUUUUGGCUCCGAUUUCGAGAAGGAGAAGCAACAGAGGAAUGCGGACUGUCUGGCAGAACUGAACGAGGCCAUGAGGGGCCGGGCAGAGGAAUGGCACGGGCGCCCCAAAGCCGUGCGGGAACAACUGCUGGCGCUGUCCGCCUGCGCCCCUUUCAAUGUCCGUUUCAAGAAGGAUCACGGGCUGGUGGGACGUGUGUUCGCCUUCGAUGCUACUGCCCGCCCACCAGGCUACGAGUUCGAGCUGAAGCUCUUCACCGAAUACCCCUGUGGUUCUGGCAACGUGUACGCGGGAGUCCUGGCAGUUGCUCGCCAGAUGUUUCAUGAUGCUCUGCGCGAGCCGGGCAAGGCGCUGGCCUCAUCAGGCUUCAAGUACCUCGAAUAUGAACGCCGGCACGGCUCUGGGGAAUGGCGCCAGCUGGGAGAGCUGCUAACGGAUGGGGUCCGCAGCUUCCGCGAGCCAGCACCCGCCGAGGCCCUGCCCCAGCAGUAUCCAGAGCCGGCCCCUGCAGCCCUCUGCGGCCCUCCCCCACGAGCCCCAUCCCGGAAUCUGGCUCCCACUCCACGCCGUCGCAAGGCCUCCCCUGAGCCCGAGGGCGAGGCAGCUGGGAAGAUGACCACAGAGGAGCAGCAGCAGCGGCACUGGGUGGCACCCGGUGGCCCAUUCUCCGCUGAUACCCCUGGUGUGCCCUCCCCCAUCGCCGCCCUGAAGAACGUAGCCGAGGCCCUGGGCCACUCCCCCAAGGACCCUGCCGGGAGUGGGGGCCCUGUGCGUGCCGGGGGUGCCAGCCCCGCCGCCUCCUCCACGGCCCCACCUCCAGCCCAGCAUCGUCUAGUGGCCCGCAACGGUGAGGCAGAAGUGAGCCCCACAGCAGGGGCGGAAGCUGUUAGCGGGGGUGGUAGUGGCACCGGGGCGACCCCUGGGGCCCCCCUGUGCUGCACCCUCUGCCGGGAGCGUCUGGAAGACACCCACUUCGUCCAGUGCCCCUCAGUGCCCGGACAUAAGUUUUGUUUCCCCUGCUCCCGCGAGUUCAUCAAGGCUCAGGGCCCUGCUGGAGAGGUGUACUGCCCCAGCGGAGACAAGUGCCCGCUAGUGGGCUCCUCUGUCCCCUGGGCCUUCAUGCAGGGAGAGAUCGCCACCAUCCUUGCUGGAGACAUCAAGGUUAAGAAAGAACGGGACCCCUAGGCCACCACUGCCACCAGUCUACUGCCUAUCCACCCCCGCCCCCCUCCACCCCUUGCCACCCACCGCUGCUGCGGAUAAAUUAUUCCCUCCCCACCCAGGCCUGUGCCUCCCUCACCUGUGUACAUACCCACUUCCUUAUCCCAGAUGGGUCCCCUGGGGUAGAUGCAUUGAGGGUGGGGGGAGAAAGCUGUCCGAGGGGGUGUUUGGGGUCCCCUGACCCCUCUGGUUUCCCUCUCCCCUCCUUGGCUUGGCUUUGCUGCUGCUUGUAGUUGAGGGAGAGGUGGCCCCCUCCUCCUUGAGAAGGGGCCUCCUGAAAUCUCGCUCUUUAUAAAUGAAGCAAAAGCAUUUUAUUGCCCCCCCCCCAUCUUACCCCCUUUCCCCCUUCAAUAAACCGAAAGAUGGGUUUUUUCCUUC